UGCAUGUUGGCAACGCUGGCACAGUUUGCUUCUGCAGAAAUGGCGGCGUACAUUGCGGCGUUUCGUUCAUCGUUUUUUCGCGUAUCUAAACAGACUGUUCGGUGUAAUCGCCGUUACAUUUCAUGUAGUUCUGUUGUGAACGACCAGUACACAGUUCAAGACCAAGCAGAUUUUAAAGCCAAAGUCCUGGAAAGUAAAAAGCCGGUGGUAGUGAACUUUCGAGCCAGUUGGUGCGGACCCUGCAAAAUGUUGACACCGAGGCUGGAAGCGGCUGUCGAUGCUAUAGGCGACAAAGUUGACCUGGCUAAAGUGGACAUCGAUGAACAGGCGGAUUUGGCAAUGCAAUAUGAGGUGGAAGCUGUGCCUUCAGUGGUGAUGAUUCAGAAUGGAAAAGUGACAGACCGCUUUGUUGGGCUCAAAGAUGAUGAUCAGAUUAAGAGUUUCCUGGCAAAAGUAGUCGCUAGUUGAUAAAGUUUCCCAACUGCUAUAGUUGUUCAUAUAUUAUUUAGUUGCUGCUUCUUAAUUGAAAGAAUAAAUUAUCUUGCUUUGUUAUAA